AUGCGGGAAAAGAUCGCCCUAGCUCUGGAGGCUGACAACGUGACAGUGGUUGAUGUCAACGGCGACGGUCAGCACGUUAGCAUUGAGGUUGUAUCGAAGCUGUUUGAGGGAAAGCGCAGCUUGGACAGGCAGCGCAUGGUUUAUCGGGCAAUCUGGGAGGAGCUUCAAGGCGCAGUACAUGCCGUUGACUCUCUCGUCACAAAAACGCCUUCCGAAGUCGGAUUGGCGUGCGCACACUCUCGUCUCAGCCGCCACUCCCGCUGUACUGAAGACCAAACCCCAACCAGCACCCGCAGCAACCCCCCCGCCGACAAUCAGCGGCCAAGAUUGCUCCAACGGUACCGUGAUCAUUUCAGCCGUGUCGCGCGCCAAUGCUGGCCGGCAGACGCUACCGGCGGGUCUCCUGCCGAGCCGCAACGCUGUUGGGGAUUCAACGACGGCGCUGAGACUCCCGACUCGGAACCUGACGGCGAGGGCGGCCUUAUAUCUGCCCGAGACGUCGGCGCCGGUGGCGCUGCGGGAAGCGACCGCGAAGCUGACGCAUCUGCUGCAGGUGGUGCUUCUGGUGCUGCUGGUGAUGGCGGUGAUAGCGCUGCCGGCGGUGCCGCCUCCUCCUCGUCGCGCAAGCUGCAUCGGCGAUCGAGUAGCAAAUCGUCGAAGUCCGUCGAUUGGUCGCUAACGCCCUGUAACUCCGUCGCCGAUUUCGCCGACCUGAAAAUGGUCGGGCGAGGACGGUGGGCGACCGUUUACGCCGCGACGCACUGCAGGACCGGCCGGCGGGUCGUGCUGAAAAUAUAUUCUGCCCGGCAUCAGACGGCUGCGAUGCAGAAGCAGGUGGAGCGGGAGAUCUGGUGCAUGCGCCAAACGCGCGGACACAAGCACGCGAUCGGGUUUCUCGGAAGCUUCGUCGACGACGCGGGCAGGAUCGAGAGCGCGAUCGACGCGAACGGCAGGGGGGGCGGGAAGGGGAAGAACCGGCGCAAGCAGACUGUUAUCGUGGAGGAAUUCGCGGCGGGCGGGGACGUCUAUCAGAGGCUAAUGAACGAGUUUAGCGGGCAGAUGCCGGAGGCGAUAGUCGUUCGCGAAAUCAUGUCGCCGCUGUUACAAAUCCUGCGAUUUCUGCACGCGAACGCGAUCAUCCAUCGCGACGUGAAACCCGAAAAUAUUCUGUUCGCCGCGGACGGGCAGCUGAAACUAGCCGAUUUCGGCCUCGCGAUCUGCACGAUGCGCGAUCUGCCCGGCGCGCGCGUCGGCACACUCGAUUACAUGGCGCCCGAGCUGCUUCAGUCUAUUCCCUCCGCUUCCGCUUCCGCUUCCGCUUCCGCGACUGGUUCCGCGACUGGUUCCGCGGAUGGCGCUAGCGCCGGCGCCAGUAGUGCUGCGCGCGGCAGUUCCGCGGAACCCGCGGAGGGUCAGAGUUUCUCGCAAGGGUCGAAGCUGCAGAGGCUGAAAUCGAAAAAGCUCUCCGGGGGAGGCCUCUCCAUAGGGGCAGUCAGCAUUCUUGCGCUCUUUAUAGCGCUCCUCGGUAUUCUGCUGCAGGUCAUGGCUCUCUCUGUUCCCCGCUGGCCCAUGGUUGUUACACAAGUGCUAGUGGAUUUGGUGGCAGCAGCAGCAGCAGCGCUGGCGGCAAGAGUGGAAACAGCGGCAGCAGCAGCAGCAGCAGUGGCAGCGGCAGCGGCAGCGGCAGCAGCAGCGGCAGCAGCAGCGGCAGCAGCAGUGGCAGCGGCAGCAGCAGCGGCAGCAGCAGCGGCAGCAGCAGCAGCAGCGGCAGCAGCAGCGGCAGCAGCAGCGGCAGCAGCAGCAGCAGCAGCGGCAGCAGCAGCGGCAGCAGCAGCAGUGGCAGCGGCAGCAGCAGCAGCAGCAGCAGUGGCAGCGGCAGCAGCAGCAGCAGCAGCAGUGGCAGCGGCAGCAGCAGCAGCAGCAGCAGUGGCAGCGGCAGCAGCAGCAGCAGCAGCAGUGGCAGCGGCAGCAGCAGCGGCAGCAGCAGCGGCAGCAGCAGCAGCAGCGGCAGCAGCAGCGGCAGCGGCAGCAGCAGCGGCAGCAGCAGCAGCAGCGGCAGCAGCAGCGGCAGCGGCAGCAGCAGCGGCAGCAGCAGUAGCAGCAGCAGCAGCAGCGGCAGCAGCAGCAGCGGCGGCAGCGGCAGCAGCAGCAGCGGCGGCAGCGGCAGCAGCAGCAGCGGCGGCAGCGGCAGCAGCAGCGGCAGCGGCAGCGGCAGCAGCGACGGCAGCGGCAGCGGCAGCAACGGCGGCGGUGGUGGCGGUGGUAUCGAGGUUGAUCUUGCUGACACUGGCAGUGUCGAAACUGGUUACACGGUUAGCAAACUGUCAGCAGACGUAG